GUUCCGGUGAUUAACUAUGUGGUAAAGUGUUCCUUCUUUACUUUCCCGUUGGCCGUACUACACAUGUUUGAAUGGCUAACGUGUUCAUUCUUUCUCAUCCGCAGCGCACCGAGAUCGAGAAAGCAGCUGAUGAGAGCCAGUCUAUUCUCGAGAACACACCGGUUGGAAAAGGCAAUGAUGAUGGUUCACUACGAGCAUUCCUCAAGCGUCAGGCCAAGAAGUUAAGGCGGUUAUCGAAUCUUCUCGGUUGCCGUGAUCCCGAAUUUGAUGAACCAUCUGCCUCUAGGUCUGGUACACCAUCAGACCCCUCAUCUCACCAUCAGGGGGACGAUGUGAGUUCCUCAUAUGCUUAUCUGGAUGAUGAUGGCGUGGUCACCCAAGAGGGCCAUGAGCUUGAUGAUGACAUGACUUUGGCGGACGCUCAACUUCGGUCCCCAUAUGUCUUUGGCGGACGCUCAACAGAAGCGUUCCAGUAG